GAUCAACAACUGGUUAAUGUUGCAUUGAAACAAAUCACUUUUUCAGUGACAAUACAAUGGUUAAAUUUGUAGGACAACUUUUUGGACUGUUGCUGUGCUUGCAUUGUGUGACAGAGCUCCACGGACUCUUCAUGAAGUUCACCAAUGUGACCUGCGAGAGCAAGGACCUCAACAUGGGUACUGUGGAGUACUGUAAGUUGAAAACACUUGGCAAAAAUAAAAACAGUGUUCGACUACGCUACAGUAUGCUCAAGCCAGUAUUUGGCAAUAUAGGGUUUCAUUUUCAGCUAAUGACGAAGGGCAGUGAAAACCCCGACGGGACUUCAAACUGGCAGCCCUUUCUCUAUGCAAUGAACCUUGAUUUGUGUCGAUUUUGGAAGAACCGUCAAAAUUACUUGGCCAGGAUGGUGUUUGUAUUUAUAGAAGGUCAUUCGAAUCUGAACCACAGCUGCCCCUAUUCGAAAGAAAAAUUCAUUGCUAUAGAUGGCAUUACCAAUACUGACGUUUCUAACCAGAUACGUGGCGUGCCCCUGGCCAAGGGAUUCUACGCAUUGUUCACUAAGUGGUCAACAGAAAACAUUACGCGAGUUCUGACCAACUUUUACUUUGAAGUUUUGAGUGUUUGAAAAAUAAGUAAUUGGAUAUUUUACCCAAUAUGUAUUUUGGAUUAAACCAAAUGAAGAAACUCUCUGUAUUCCGCAAUUCUGAAAACAACUUUAGAUCCGAAAAUAAAUACCAACGAGCUAAUAUUUUCUCCAUACUAAUUA